GCCUCGCAUGCAGCCCUCUUGCGCAUCCCAUCAAUGUUUAUUAAUUUUUGGUGGCCGCUCGACUGCUCAGCGCUCGUUGCAGAGUAGUAGAGCGACACUGGCCCUCACGCUCCGAUGCGCUCGGCAUUGCAAGCGGAACUUAGGUUCUCGCAGAUCCUCACGUCCACCUGCCGACACUGCGCUCGAAGACAAGCCAGCAAACCACGCUCCUUUCAUACCACCCCACGAUUUCGUGCUCCUCAAGAGCCUCCGAAUAAUUCCAGCUCCGGAGUAGACCAUGGUGUGGGUAUUGAUAAAAGCAGCCACAGUGUUCGGACAGGGAUAGCGCCUGAAAGUGCUUCAGAGGAAAAGAGCGCUCUAUCAAGUCAGUCAACCUCGAAACAGGAUGAGCCUGCCCCGUCGGACGAUGGUGCGUCAGCAGAGUCCCGGGACUUGUAUCGCUCAGCAGGCAGAGGGCGAAUGCGACGUCGCAUGAGCAAAGCAUCAGGCGAUGUGCAAACUCUGUCAAAUUGGUUCCUCGACAACAACAUUACCCUAUAUGGCGAAGAACCUCUUGUCCCAAGUUGGGACGGCCCGAGGGUACAAAAGGUUCCGGCAGAUUUGGUGACGGGUGAACCGCUCGAAGUCAAGGAAUCCGACGAUCUACGGCCCCCGCCACAGUGCCCGCAGUUCGAGCGUCCAGGGCCGCCGACAGACAAUCGUGACAGCACCAACGCAGGCCAUCAGCCUGAUAGUCGCAAUGAGGAAGAUUCACAAUCGAUGAGACUGGCGGAAAAUGCGUUUUCCCUUCUUUGCUCCUCUCAGACGAUAAGUGAUCCGAGAUAUCACAUAAUAGCCGAGCAGUUCGAGGAGGCUGAACGGACGGCCAGAGGACUCUUGCUAAUGCCGGAGGUAAAGGGAAGUCUUGUCCACGACUCGGAGUCCAUCAAAGAACAUCUGCUCCUACAGUUCGCGGGCAAAGAUGGCGAUUUGUUGCUGGAUCGUGUUGUCGAGGAUUUGGCUCGUCACCUAGCCUGCGAUCUAUUAGUGUUGGAUGCGCAUGAUAUUGCAAACCUCAUCACUCGACCAGGGCUCGAAGGUCGCAUUAUGAAAGAAGGUCGUAACCUAAGUUAUGAUGUGUACAACGCCGCAUUCUCCGAUUCAUCCAAAACCCCACAGAUCGAAGCAACCGAGAACGAGGACGACGAGGAAGAAGAUGUCCUAGACGAUUUGUUCGGCGGUUCAUCCGAAGGUCCUCCCCGUAAGGGCAUGCCUGUAAUGAUCGGUAAGUUGGACCUCAAGACGAUGUUCGGUGUCCCAGGCGAGCGGAGACGCUUGCGGUCUGGCUCUUCGCGAUCACGGCCUAUGGGGGAUAUGGUUUCGUACAGGACCGAAGGGGACUUCAAAACUGCUGUUCAGAGUCUGUUCACCAGUUUGGCAGAGCGACAGAAUAUCACGAAGCGAAAACCUCGAGCAGCAAAUGAGAUGGUGCCAGAAUUAGGGCGAUUCCGUGAAUCUGCGGCGAAGAUGGUUGGAGUACCCAAAGGCGCAGCAAUCAUCCAUGUCAAGGAUCUUGAGUCCAUUCAAGAGACCAGCAUUGGCCUAGCUUUUUUGCAGGAUCUCUAUCAAGGAGUCUCAAAGCGGAGAAAACUUGGUGAGCCAUUGCUACUCAUCGGCACUGACAGUGUCCGUGAAGGCGAGGAACCCUUCACGAAAGAACGAAUUGAGGAACUUCAGAAGGGCUACAGAGACGAAAUAUCGCAGAACAUUGUCAUCACUCCAGUGUUGCCAAACACGACAUCGAAGCUUGCACUUCUCGAUGAUCGAAAACAACGUAUUGCUACAAUCAAUAUGAGACACCUCUGGGAGAUGAUGGAGCAGCGGAAACCAUCUGUUUUCGCACAUCUCGAACCCGGGUUUUGGCACCGGGAUUUCCUCCAACAAGUUGAUUUCCCUGACCGAUUCUCACUUGAAGCCAAAAUUUGGAGUUACUCGUACGUCCAGCGACUUGCAAACUACUUGGCAGGUUCCGCCUUUCCUCUCCAUGAGAACACAAUUCCAGGUAUCACAGAUAAGAAAGAACUUCAAGAGUCUUUGCGUGCGGUUCAUGGUGAUUCGGACCACGUUAUCGCUGCAGCCACAGCCAGUCUCCGACACAGUGACAAGACCAAGGCGAGAUGGGCCGAGAAAGAGAAGGUGUCGAAAGAAGCCAUGGCCGAUGUUUCAGAGAAGCCCAAAUCGCCAGGACAGCGGCGGAUAGCAUCAAUCCACGCAUCUGCAUCAAGAUACGAGAAGCGGUUGAUGGGUGGCAUCGUUGAAGCAAACAACAUCAACACCACGUUCAACGACGUGCAUAUGCCUGCCGAGACCAUUGACACUUUGCAGACUUUGACGACGUUGUCUCUUAUUCGACCAGAUGCUUUCAAAUAUGGUGUUCUUGCGUCGGACAAGAUUCCUGGUCUUUUGCUCUAUGGUCCGCCGGGCACUGGCAAAACACUUGCGGCCAAAGCAGUGGCCAAGGAGUCCGGCGCAACCAUGCUUGAAGUCAGUGCGGCCGAUAUCAAUAAUAUGUAUGUGGGAGAAGGCGAGAAGAAUGUCAAGGCUCUCUUCAGUCUAGCCAAGAAACUAUCGCCAUGCGUAGUUUUCCUGGACGAGGCCGAUGCCAUGUUCAGCGCACGCAGUACCCAAGGCCGACGGGCGAGUCAUCGUGAAUUGCUGAAUCAGUUUUUGCGGGAGUGGGAUGGGAUGAGUAACGAUUCAGGCAGCGCGUUCAUCAUGGUAGCCACCAACCGACCCAUGGACCUUGAUGAUGCUGUUCUUCGUCGGCUUCCGCGCCGACUUCUCGUCGAUUUGCCAACUGAGUCGGACAGAUUGGAGAUUUUGAAGAUUCAUCUUCGACAGGAACAGCUAGCAAACGACGUUGAUGUCCCGGAACUUGCCAAACGGACGCCAUUCUAUUCUGGCUCGGACUUGAAGAACGUUGCCGUCGCUGCUGCACUCAAUUGUGUGCGUGAGGAGAAUGACCUCGCCAAAAAGCAUCAGGGCGAGGAACCAUAUCAGCAUGCUGAACGCCGGACUCUGCACAAACGACAUUUCGAUCAGGCUUUGGAGGACAUUUCUGCCAGUAUUUCGGAGGAUAUGAGUUCGUUGAAAGAUAUCAAGAAGUUUGACGAGCAAUUUGGUGACAAGCGUGGGAAGUCGAAAAAGACGCCUAGAUUGGGGUUCCCAACACAACAUGAUGACCGGAAGCGCGAUACGAAAAGGGUUAGGGCUUGAUCUCUCGAACUCAUGAGUUUGAUUGCGUCUGGGAGAGGAUCCAGGAAAAAAGCGUGAUGCUACAUGAGCUUUGCCGCCGUCGAGCGAGCUACAUCAAUAGGGAAUAGACUGUAACAAUACGGAGUACCAUCCGACGAUGUCAGUGCCAUAUGCGGCGGAAUAAGACUGUCGUCCGCUCCAUGAAAUUUAUGUCCUCAAGGCCACUCUGAGUACUCUAUACAAUU